AUGCCCGCUAUGACCAUUACGCUGAGUGACCAGACACAUACCAUGUCUGAGGCCUCACCGAAGAGGGAUGGCAUCGCCGGGACAGAAGUCAAGAAGCCAGGCACUCGGCAUGGCCAUUCCCAGAGCAACUGUCAUCACCUGCCGCCUCCCCCAUCGCAACCCACUGCGGAAGGGGAAUACCGAUGCGGAAUCUGCAACAAGACAUAUAGUCGACGUGAUCUGCGGGACCGGCACCGUCGCCGUUGUAUUAAUAACAUUGGCCAGGAACGCCAGUCCAAGCGCAAAUCCUGCGACGCCUGUGCGCAAAAGAAGCUGCGGUGUUCCAUGACCCGGCCCUCCUGUAGUCGGUGUCUGCAAAGCCGACGGCCUUGCGUGUAUCCGCAAUCUUCUGUUCCUGUUCAAACUCCCAGUCUUGAUGAUCCCCAGGACAAUAUUGCUUCGUCUGCCGGUUCCAUACACUCUGUUCCGAUCUGUGCUGGUAUAAUACCUGGUGGCACGACAUGGGCCCUUCCAACAUAUCCGUUCGACACACCAUCUACUGCGGAUGAACUACACGAUGUCUCGGGCUCCUCGUGGAGCCCCGAAACUCCAACGAAUGCCGAACUUGCGUUUCAUGCCGUUAAUGAGAGUACUAUGCUUCCAAUGCAAGAUGCCUCGUUGAUGAAUUCUCCGCCCUGGCAAGACGAUCUUCAUGAACAGUCAGAAGCAUUUGGGCUGGAGGAGUUCUUUCCCGGGUCGCUUGACAGUUGUUCGCACGCUAUGUAUAUGCCACCGACGAUGAGGUCCUCUCCAGUGACCAUGGUCCCUCCCACCCCGGCUACUCUCCCGGGUGACUCUUAUGCCGCGGGAGGCGGACUGAAUAUGUCGUCGGUAUCUCCUGGAUAUUUCGAUAAUAUCUGGCCAGAUAUGGCGUCUAACGACGAAGAAAACGAAACUUGGCGGUUCAGCACGUACACCCAUAGCCUGACAGGAUCGGGGUUCGGCCAAAGCUUCCUGCCCAAAACAAGUCAUCAUAGCCCAGGUGACGUUGGUGACCUCUACCAAGAGCUGUUCAGUCUGCUACGCGAAUACCCUGGGUUGGCUCUGCAGAGACAGUUCUACUCGCCCUUCCUACAUCAUGAGCUACAGGGGUAUGCGAUGCAAUCAAUGGGCCAGCCACUUAGCACCACUCUGAGUUCGAUUUCUUCCUAUGCUAAUUAUCUGGAGACCUGCGAUACAUUUGACCUGUCAAUGCACAAUGGGGAGCGCCUUGCAGCGGCAGAAGGCUGCGUAGUAGCGCUUCAUGCGGUGUGUGUUCAACAGAUCUUGAGCCUUUUCGGAGACAAUUUCGCCACCAACGGCCUCAGCAAGCUCCCAAGCCUUACAGGCGAGCAAGGGCACCCCGAGACCCCUGUUGACAUUCUCUUGAGGGUAUGUAAACCCCCACUCCGAUUGCCCUACGCCCCACCCUACGCUCUGAGCUGA